CUCUUUCAGUACUGCCUGUCGGGACAUCCAACCUUGCCAUGCAAUGUACUCAAGUUCAAAUCCACCACCAUCAUGUUGGACUGCGGACUGGAUAUGACGUCUACCCUCAAUUUCCUCCCCUUGCCACUGGUUCAGAGCCCCAGGCUGUCCAAACUUCCUGGUUGGGUUUUGAAAGAUGGAAGCACAUUUCUGGACAAGGAACUAAAGGAGUGCUCCGGCCAUGUGUUUGUAGACUCUGUGCCUGAGUUCUGUUUACCAGAGACUGAGCUGCUUGACCUCUCCACGGUGGAUGUAAUCUUGAUCUCAAACUAUCACUGCAUGAUGGCGUUGCCCUAUAUCACAGAGUACACUGGAUUCACUGGAACAGUGUAUGCUACUGAGCCCACGGUUCAAAUUGGCAGGCUUCUCAUGGAAGAACUGGUGAAUUCCAUUGAACGUGUGCCAAAGGCUCAGUCUGCCUCCAUGUGGAAGAACAAGGAGGUACAGAGGUUGCUGCCCGCCCCUCUGAAGGACGCGGUGGAGGUGUCAAUGUGGAGGAAGUGCUACACCAUGCCAGAAGUGAACGCUGCACUCAGCAAGAUCCAGCUGGUGGGGUAUUCUCAGAAAAUUGAGCUGUUCGGUGCUGUGCAGGUCACCCCUCUCAGCUCAGGCUAUGCUCUCGGAAGUUCCAAUUGGAUUAUCCAGUCACACUAUGAAAAGGUUUCUUACGUUUCAGGAUCUUCUCUGCUUACAACACACCCUCAG